AUGACUGACCAAGCUAAGCUAGCUGCAGAUAUUCGACAGAAUCAGUUAGCUAUCCAAAAUUUAGAAAAACAACUUGGGCAAAUGGCAAGUGCACAUAUUUCUCGCCAACAAGGGGCUUACCAGGGAAUCCCAAAAUAUGCUAAUUUUGUCAAAGAUAUUGUGGCCAAUAAAAGCAAGUUAGCAAAAUUUGAAAUAGUGUCACUCACUGAAGAGUGUAGUUUAAGAAUAUUGAACAAAAGUAAGCUUCCAGCUAAACAAAAAGAUCCACGUAGUUUCACAGUACAGAUAACCAUUGGUAAGUAUAAUAAUGCAAGAGGUCUCUGUAAUCUGGGUGCUAGUAUUAACUUGAUGCCUAGAUCUAUGCUUAAGAAAUUAGGCCUAGGAGAACUUAAAGCAACAACUAUUUUGCUACAGUUAGCUGAUCGUUCUGUACCUAGACCUGACGGUAUCAUUGAAGAUGUGUUGGUACAAGUAGGAUCCCUCAUUUUUUUUGUAGAUUUUGUUGUUUUAGAUUUUGAACCUGACCCCGAUGUUCCGUUUUUCUUAGGACGCCCAUUCUUAACAACAGGCGGGGCACUUAUUGAUGUGGUUGUAGGUAGGUUAACCAUGAGAGCACAUGACAAAGUAGAGGUGUUCGAUGUAUAUCAUGUACUGAAAUUACCUGUAGUCUAUGAAAAACUGUCUGCUAUAACCAUCAUCGAUGAGGAAGUCUCAACUCAAUGCAUUAUAACAAAUGAUUCGUUGGCAAAAGUCGUGAUGGGUCAAGAUAUUGAAAAGAACGUGAAAGCUAAAGAGUUAGCUAGUGUGCUUAAUAUGCCAAAUAUCAGCAUAUGGAAGAAGAAUGUAGAACCCUUAAACAGAGAAUUGGGCCUUUCACCCAAGCCUUCUCUAGAAGAAGCUCCUAAAUUGGAGUUAAAACAAUUGCCAGCACAUCUCAGGUAUGUUUUUCUUGGAGUAAAUAAUACUUUACUUGUAAUUUUUUCAUCUGCUUUGUCUGAGGCACAGGUCAUAGCAGCACUUGCUAAAAAGACAUAA